AUGAGUUGUGCCGCUUUAGCCUCCUCAUUUGCCCUAUGGAAUUGCAGGUACCUCCUUCCAGACAGACCAAAGGACUCUAAACGCAAAACAAAGGUGGUGAAAAGGACCAACAAUCCAACGUGGGAGGAGACUCUUGUCUACAAAGGAAUCGCUAAAACUCAGCUGCCCUCGAUUGGAGUAGAGGUUAGUGUCUGGGAUGCCAACAAACUGAAUCAGUACGAGUAUCUUGGCGGGUGCAACCUCAACACUGGUUCAAAAUCGGGCUAUGGUAUGGAUGCCACCGGAACAGAGCGGGCUCUAUGGGUGGAAAUGAUGAGCAAACCGAAUACUAUGGUGGAGGGAAAUGUGCAGCUACGAUCAACAAUGGAAUGA